AUGGACUCGAAAAUGACUGCUAUCUUUAGUUUAGUGUUAGUAUUUUGUAGUGUAAGUUAUGUGAGUCCGUUGAAGGUUUUGGGGCUGUUUCCCUACGGAGCACCUAGUCAUUACUUUUUAGGAAACGAGCUCCUUAAAGGUAUCGCAGAAGCUGGCCACGAUGUGACUAUUAUAACAGUUUACGAAGAAAAAAAUCCUCCCAAGAAAGGAACAUAUCGGCAGCUUGUUUUAAAGGAAGUGUUAAAUAUGCAAUACGAAUUGUUCGCAAACAUGUCAAACCUCAAUGAUGAAGACUCGUACGCAUCGAAAAGUCCUUUUGGUAUGCUCAGCAUUUUCAAUAUGGUUGGUUUGACUGUAACAGAAGCAACUUUAUCCCAUCCUACAGUGCAAGCAUUAAUAAAGUCAGGCGAAAAGUUUGAUGUUAUGAUACUAACACAAUAUGCAGUAGAAGCAACAAAAGCGCUAGCUGCACAUUUUGGCGCUCAUUUAAUCCUAUAUAAUGAUAAUGCUGCAACGUGCUGGGUAAACCACUUUGUAGGAAACUCAGGUUUACCUUCGUUGAAUCCUGAAUUAAUAUUUGAUUAUCCACAAUUGAUGAACUUUAAGCAGAGAUUAACUAAUACUUUGUACACGAUAGCAACUUAUAUAAACCAUAAUUUUGUACAAUAUCCAGCUCAUGCUCAGUUAAUAAAGAAAUACGUAUCAAAGGACAUGGACUUGACCAAAAUUCAAUAUGACGUCGCAUUGGUACUAUCUAAUUCGCACCCUAGUUUAAACAAUCCAGCACCAUCAGUUCCAUGCAUGAAAGAAAUAGCAGGGUACCACGUCAAGGAACCCAAACCAUUGCCUGCCGAUCUUAAAAAGUAUUUGGAUGAAUCUAAAAACGGAGUGAUUUAUUUCAGUAUGGGUUCCAAUAUUUACAGUAACAGCUUCCCAAAAGAAAAACGGGAGAGCAUUAUGAAAGCCUUCUCUAAAAGAAAAGAAAACAUUUUGUGGAAAUUUGAAGAUACAGAGUUGCCAGGAAAACCUAAUAAUGUGAGGAUUGAAAAGUGGCUGCCGCAAUCAGAUUUAUUAGCUCAUCCAAAUGUUAAACUAUUUAUUACUCACGGAGGAUUCCUGAGCACUAUCGAAACUCUUUACCACGGAAUACCAACUGUAUCAGUACCUGUUGUUAACGAUCAACAAACCAAUGCUAGACAAGCAGAAAAAAAUGGUUAUUCUAUUGUUGUCGACUAUAAUACACUUACAGAAGAACAACUUUCGGCAGCUAUAGAGAAAAUUCUUUCUGAUCCAAAAUAUCGGGAAAAUGCAAAAUCUCGCUCUAAAAUCUUCCACGACAGGCCAGUAAAACCUAUGGACGAAGCAGUUUUCUGGGUAGAAUACGUUGCAAGGCAUAAUGGUGCUAAACAUCUUAGAGUUGGAUAUGUGGAGUUAGCCUGGUACCAAUAUUACCUACUGGACGUGUUCGGACUUAUUUUUGGAGCUAUAUUUUUGGUUUUGUAUGUAAUAAAGAAGACACUUGGUUUCCUAUGCAGUUUAGUUUGUGGUGGAAAGCCUAAACCAGAAGAGAAGAAAGUUAAAAAGCCAUAA